AUGCGGAGAACACUGCGGAGAAACCAAGCGGUAACAAGGCCACCAUCGUCAAGAACACGGCUCAGCUCUCCAAGAUCCCACGUCAUAUGCUCUCCACGGUUCCACAUCAAAUCAUCACUCAGCAAGCGGAGAACACCACUGCAACUUGGCCGUUCCACAUCAAAUCAUCACUCAGCAAGCGGAGAACACCACUGCAACUUGGCCUGUCAUCCCCACUACAUUGAGGAGCAAGAGGAGGAUCUACAACAGGCGAAUGCGGAGAACACUGCGGAGAAACUAAGCGGCAACAAGGCCACCAUCGUCAAGAACACGGCUCAGCUCUCCAAGAUCCCACCUCAUAUGCUCUCCACGGUUCCACAUCAAAUCAUCACUCAGCAAGCGGAGAACACCACUGUAACUUGGCCUGUCAUCCCCACUGCAUUGAGGAGUAAGAGGAGGAACUACAACAGGUAA